AUGACACCACCAAUCCCCACCUUCCCACCCUCCUCUCUCCCCUACGAAGCCCGCUUCGCCGCCAAUGCCAGCUAUCGAAAAGACUUCGACGGAAACCUUGAAAACUGUGAAUUAAUCAAGUUCUACCAGUAUAGCUGUGAUCUCGAGAAGGAUAAAGAUGGGAAGUUUGGGAAGAAAAUUGCUUGUCAGCCUGUUAAGCGGCUUUUUCGACGGUAAGUUUUCUUCGAUUUCUUUUCAGAAGCGCUUUAGUUUAGUCGUGAAUGUAGAUGAAAAUGUGGAUGUGUAUUGGAUUGAGGGAGGGACGGAUGUUUAUAUUGACGGGAAAUAGAUGUAAAGAUCGAAAGGGAAUUUUUAUGGUGGAGACAACUGUGUGGGAGGGAGAAGGUAGUGCAAAGUGAUGGUUGAAUUUGGGGAUGGAUGAUGGAUGGAUGUGGUUAGCGUCAAUCAAUGGGUGGUGGGAAGAUAGUGCUUUAUGAAAGGGACUGCAGAUAGGAGCAUGAUGAAAGAGAAAAUCAAUCAUAGAAUUGAUUGUGGUUUAUACACUAAGUAUCCGUAAUAUU